CUACGGUUAAAACACGCUUACUCGAAUUGGAUACCCUGACCACAAAUGCUGUAUAAAGGCUGAGAAGGAUAUGGGAAAAGCGACGAUUUUAGAAUCUUCGUCAGUGAGAGGGUGCUGCAUGUGUCGAUACAGAUUUAUCCACGCAUGGAGGCAGGCACAGUAUUGAUAUCAUUCGAACACGUUGUCAACACGAAGCGGUAUUUACAUAUAAUGAAUUAUAUAUCAGAAGGAAAUCGCCCAAUCGACGGUAAAACCACAUACUCAGGUAGCGUUUAUGGGAACAUGUGGAGUAAACCCAAAACGUGGUUCUCAAUCCAUUUCUUACUGUUUUUCUUUAUUGGAUUAAUCACUGGAGAACUAUUUGAUAUAAACAGCUUACUAGAUGACACAUAUAGACAUGUCAAAACAAGGUACAAAACCCCUAAUUGUACGUUCGAUUUUUUGACGAAGAAGGCCUUAAAAUCUGGCCAGUAUUUUUCAAAUGGGGCAUGGGGCCACACAAAGUGGACACCGACUGGCUGCGAAGUACCAAGUAGAUUCAGCUUACCCGAAUGCCUGCAACGGAAUAAUGUAAACAGUGUUUUAGUUUUGGGUGACUCUACAGCUAAAAAGUAUACAGAUGCAAUCCUUGCACAAUUACAAGAUUACGGCAGUUGUGAAGUGCUAAAGGAUGAACCAUCUCAUGACCAACAAACUGACUAUUUCGACGACAUCCCGUACGUGUCUAUCAAGAGGGGCGAAUGCUCAACAUGCACUUCGGCAUACUACGAAUGCCAAGUUACGGAUGGUAUUAGGUCAAAGACGACUUAUUUAGAGUAUAUAUCCAUGGAGCAUUUUAUGGAUUCGGUAGUGACAACUCAACGAAACAGUGUUCUUAAAAAUUGCGAUGAUACCUUGUAUCAGUUCAGAAACUGGGAUGUUGCUUGUGGUACAUCAUUGACGACUCAGGAGUUCAUAUUCAAUGAAUAUCUACCGCUAAAAACAUCAACUACAUACCCCAAAAUAAUCAUAAUAGUUGGGAAUUUCCAUGAUAUGACAAAAAGGAACGUGGCAAGUUUUGAACGUACCCUCGCCUGGUUCAUGGAUGUCGUGAAACAAGGCACACUUCACCAUAGGAACACAAAAAUCAUAUGGUUCGAACCUACAUUUAUCCAUACUGAAAAAACAAUCGAAAGAUAUCAGAAAUACCACCAGCAACAUAAAAAUUAUAACCUUUAUGAAAAUUCGAAAGAAAAAUUGAUGAGUUAUUUUUCCUCGGGGAAGUUCAAAGCUUUUUAUGGGUUGAUGGACAUCAGCAAAAGAGUACCAUUUUUGAAUAAGGAUGGAAUUCACUACGAACAUGACUAUUAUGAUGCUAUUGUUAAUCUUUUCUUUCAGACGUUAUGUCACCAUUAGUUAUACAAAGGAAACUAAGGGGUGUGUCAGAAACGUCAACAUUUUUUGUCUCGCUUUCCCACGCCUAAGAAUAUAAAUAGUUCUCAUUAAUAUACACCUAGAG